AUGUCGCUUCAAACGGUAUACCAAGCGCUAUAUCAUGUCACCGUAGUCUAUCUGCCAUUCGUGGCAGCUGCUGUGAUAUUUGCCGUCGCCUAUCAUCUGAAGAAGCAGGCGGACAUAGAACGACCUUUGAAAGGCUUCCCGCUCGUCGGUCUCGAGGAGGAAGGCCUAAGCCCGAAGGAAGCAUGGAUGAAGGACGGUCCUAGGGUUAUGGCAAAGGGCCUGAAGGCGCAUCAGGGUGCGUUUCAAGUCAUGACUGGAACAGGUCCAAAGAUUAUGCUACCAAAUCGCUUCACUGAGGAGUUCCGAAAGAAUGAGGUGGCAAACUUGAUCCAAACCCAGACUCGCGAUAAUUUUGCGGGCUGGCCUGGGUUUGACGGCAUGACGUUUCUUAGCAACCAUGAACGUGUCGUCGUCGACGCUAUCCGCAUCAACCUCACGCAGUCAAUGGGAGCUGUGACAGACUCCUUGGUCGAUGAAACGAGGCUGGCGACUCCUGAAAUUUUCGGGGACGAGAAAGAGUGGCAGACCAUCUCCAUCAAGUCCCGGGCAGGCUACUACGUCUCCCGCCUUUCCUCGAGGGUCUUUCUUGGUCCUGAGCUCUGUCGCGAUCCCAAAUGGCUUGAGAUAGCGCAGAGUCAUACUGUCAAUCUGUUUCAGGCGUCCAUGGCAAUGCGUCAGGGUUCCAGUCUCCGGCGGCUGCUAACAUUUUGGUUCAACCCUCUCUAUAAGCAGCUUCGUAUCCAAGUCCGCGAUGCAGGCAGAAUAGUGCAGCCAGUGAUCGAAAAAAGGAAAGCGGAAGUGCGGAAGGCGCUUGCAGCAGGCGGAAAGCCCGAGAAGAUGACAGACUUGAUCGGAUGGAUGGUAGCUCAAGCACGAGCAAGCGACAUGGACUAUGCGGCAGGUCAACUGGGCAUGAGUGUUGUUGGCAUUCACACAACGACCGAAGCUCUCUCGCAGGCUCUCGUCGAUCUGUGCCAACAUCAGGAACUCUUCAAGGCUCUGCGAGAGGAAAUUGUGCGGGAAGUGAAAAGCGAGGGUUGGACGCGGACUACUCUGCAUAGGAUGAGGUUGAUGGACAGCUUCCUCAAGGAGUCGCAACGCAUGCAUCCUGCUUCUGCAGCUUCAGUCAACCGCUACUUGUACGGCGAUGUCACACUUUCGGACGGCACAGUGUUACCCAAGGGAUCUCGCAUCUGGAUUGCAGGACGCUUUAGCGAUCCAGAUCUGUACCCGGAACCGGACAAGUUCGAUGCUUAUCGCUUUUUGAAGUUGAGGAAUGAGGCCGGGAAAUCCAACAAUUGGCAGCACACCUCCAUGACUCCCGAACAUCUGGGAUUCGGCUAUGGAGAUCACGGAUGUCCAGGAAGGUUCUUGGCGAGCAAUGAGCUGAAGAUUGCACUUUGCUUCCUGCUGUUGAACUAUGAUUGGAAGUUGCCUGAUGUCCAAGACAACCCAACAUUCAUUCAUUUUGGGAUUGGUAAUCUACUUCAUCCCAUGUGUCGCUUGAGCUAUCGUCGGAGAAAUGCGGAAAUCGCAUUGUAA